UCAUUCACCGCUGAUGUUUUCAGUGUUAUUUUGUGAUAAAAUAAUUAUAAUGUAAGCUAAUAGCUUACGGACUAUAUUUAAAUGUGAUUAUCGACGGUAUGUAGAGUUAGUGCAAUAAAAUUAUUGAAGUUAUUGAAGUUAUUUGGGACUCGUAGAAUAGGUCACUGCACCAAAAGAAAAGCUAUCCGUACAAUCUACCUGCAUUGUCAGGCAUUAAUAAUUUCUUGUAUAAUUACAUGUUGACUGGACGAAAGUUAUUGUACAUAUACUAAGAACUGAUGGUUAAUGAAUUCAAUUAACGGUAACCAGUAUCUUCAUGAUUUUACUUCAUGGACAUGAGUUAUUUUUGAUCUAAUGACGUGACGUGUGAUACUUAACAUGACGUCAUUCGCUAAUCUGACGCAGUCGCUAGCGUCCAAUCUGCCGUCCGCGUCGACAGCAUCCACCAGCGCCGCAUCCAGCCACAGCUCGAAUGACCAAGAGGACCCACUAGCAAUGACGCACAUCAUCUGCAAUCUCCUCGAAAACAUGAACAACCCCUCCAGCGUCCAGACGACUGCUUCCACUUCCGCCUCGUCUACAGUACCUUACGAUAUCUGGGCGCUACCUUCGUGCAGCUCCUUUCAAAACCCCAUUGGUACUAUAAGUCGUGAGUACAAUUCAAAUUCCAACAAUAAUCAGCAUCAUAUCAAAGAGGACAACUCGAGCGGUUCACCCGGUACAUCCUCCUCGGUAUCCAACACUUGUUUCCGUUGUGAAGAACGUACACCCACUACGCGUUGUUUGGAAUGCAACGAUAUAUUUUGUUAUGAGUGCUGUCAUAAAGUAACUUCGGACUGUCAGCUAAGGGAGCAUACUUUGCUGUCGUUACAUCAAGUUUCCCCAAUUGGUGUGAGACCCAACUCCGUCACCAAUGAGAAAGAGGUCAUAUAUUGUGAGCUUCAUUGCGACCAAGUCAGAUACUAUUGUGAGGCGUGUAUCAUUUUCAUUUGCCAAGAAUGUACCUUGUGGGUUCACAAAGAUCAUAGUUACACUCCUAUCAAAGGCGCAUUAGAUACGUGUCGCGUCAGCGUGUUUAGGGCUAUAGAAGAAACAAAAACUGGUACUAAAUUUAUAAAAACUGCUAUAGAUCGUGCAGUAGCUAUGUCAAAAGCGUAUGAAAAAGAGACAGCUGAAGCAAACAUGAAAAUUCGAAAAGCAAUGCGUUGUUAUGCACAAGCUGUUGAAGACCGUGAAAAAUAUUUAUUGGAUAAAGUAGAGAAAAUGCGUCAAGCGAAAAUGAACGAGCUAUCUGAUCAUAUGAACACACUUCGUGGUAUACUUGCCGGAUUAGCACAUACGAAUGAAACUCUAGUGCGUUGCAUGGAUUCCGAGGGGAUUGAAUUAUUUACGGCCAAAGAUAAAGGCAAGGCUCAAGUGGAAUAUUUUUCUUGCAUGUUUAAGAAGAUGCACGUCACCGAAGAAAAAAUUAUGUUUAUGCCACCUAACUAUGAUUUGGUAGACCAACUGAAAAGACAAUGUGACGUGCAGCCAGUACCAGCAAGUCAAAUACACAGCGUCAACACCGUGUCAUCACUUCAUUCGAGACAAUCAUUUUUAUCAUCUUUACAAUCAGCUCAGCCUUAUACUCCUUUAACCUACAAUAUUUCAGCUACAAACACUCUGAGAUCAUUAACUGAUUACACUAACAGUCAUACAAGAUCUACCAAUUAUUACGACCAUAGCAUUACAUCCAGUGUAGCAACAGAACCCAAUCCUGCUCGAGGUAUCGGACAAGCUAUACCAGGGUACUGGAUAUCAGUAACAAUGAGACCAACGAGAAACCCAGUUCCUGGAGUUCCUAUGUUCUCCUUCGGCCGUGAAGGUCAAGACGAAGGCCAAGUAUCGAGGCCAUGGGGUUUAUGUGUCGAUAGAGAAGGUAACAUCAUAGUCGCAGAUCGACGAAAUAACCGUAUACAGAUAUUUAAUUGUAGAGGUGAGUUCAAGACUAUGUUUGGUUCUAAAGGAACUGGUCCUGGAGAAUUUGAUCUUCCAGCAGGCAUAACUACCGACACUUAUGGUCGUAUAAUAGUAAUUGAUAAAGAUAAUCACCGCGUUCAAAUAUUUACAUCUUCUGGAAAUUUCAUCCUCAAAUUUGGUUCUUUCGGCAAAGAAUGCGGCCAAUUUCAAUAUCCUUGGGACGUUGCGGUGAAUACAUUGGGGAAUAUGGUUGUCACCGAUACUCGUAAUCAUCGCAUCCAAUUAUUCACUAGUGAUGGCACUUACAUAACCAAAUUUGUUUUCGAGGGCGCUAAUCCAGCGAAAAUGCUAAAAGGACCGACAACUCCGAGAGGUGUAUGUUUUACUACUUUAGGAAAUAUUAUAGUGUCAGAUUUUGAAAAUCAUCGUUUGCUUAUGGUUGAUCCGACCCUUUCUAAGGUCUUACAGUGUGUAGGACGCGAAGGAUCUGGUAUCGGUGAACUUAACCGCCCCUCGGGUAUAGUAACAGACGACGAAGGACGUAUUAUAGUAGCUGAUUCUAAGAACCAUCGCGUGCUCGUGUUUACAACUGAACUGCGAAUCUUAUGGGCUGUAGACUUGAAGAGCCCAGGUCUUGAUGACAAGGACCGGCCAAGCGACGUUGCACUGACUCCAGAAGGAUAUCUAGUGGUACUGUUCGAGACACUGCCUGACACUGCUCGUGAUAUUUCUUCCCACGGCAAGCAAUACAUUAAAGUAUAUUAAAUAUUUUUAAGACAAACUAAGCUCAUGGACCUAAGGUCCUUCAAAAUUUAUUAUGUUUUCUUUUUUAUGUUGUGAUUUUUUUGAUAAUGUGCCAAUUUUAUAUUAUUAACAUCCAAAAGGAACAAACCGAAUCGAGCAUAGCUUGGGCGGAGAGUCAAAAUUUGCUCAUAAAGUCAUACGCAAAUUGAAAUUAAUUCUCCUUAAACCUUAUUAUCAGUUGUGUUACCCUAGUAAUCGAUUUUGUUUCCGCAUUCAACUAGUCUUUAAGGACCAAACUAUGCAGCGUUUAUUUGCGUCAUAAUAAUAUAGAAUAGCAAUAAUUUUACGUAAUUUACACUACUAAAUUGUAAAGACUCUGUUUUCAAUGUUAAGUAAGCUCUGGUCCUAGUUUGUCAAAUUGGCAAUACUCGAGGCCAAUUUAGAAUUACUCAUUUUUGAUAAGCAUGUAUGAAACGAUAUGUGACUGUAGAAUAAUAACGAAAAUAACCAGGUUAAAAGAAAAAAAAAGAAAAGUCGUAAUUUCUAUUAUAGCAUCAAUUAAUACAUGCCCUAUUCACUUACAAUUACUAAAAAAAUCAAUAUUAAACAUAACAGAGUAAAGUUAUAGAAAAAUCACAUUGUGAUGUAAAAGAUGUUUUUAUCGAUUUAAAAUGAUAUAACUUUAAAAGUAUUUUUCCAAAAUGUUAGAUUUUGCGUUUUUAUGUUGGUUGAAACAAACGUUGAUAUAUGUAUUCGUAUAAGUUAUUUUCUAUAUUAAUUUAGGAUCGUACUGAUAUUUUUAUUGUAGUUGUUAGCAUUUUUAUCCUGUAAUUGGCUGAAUGAAUAUUGGUUAAAUUACUUUUGUUCGAAUUAUAACGUAAAAAUUGGCUUUUAUUCGUGGGAAAGCGAAUAGCGUGAAUGAACAAAGAAAUUAAUGCAAUAAAACUUUAAGACUGACUUAAGAAGACUGUCUUAAAGAUGUCGAUUGCGACGGGCAGUAUGCGACAGCAGUUAUGUCGCUAGGUCUGACGUCUUCUUUUGAUGCGAUUUUUAUUACCAAAAUUAGAAAUUAUAAUCGUUUCUGAAAAUUCAUAGGUAUCUUUAUGCCAUUUUGACACCUUAUUGUUUUGUAUUAAGAGACGUGAUAUUUUUAUUUUCGUGUGCAUAUUGUUUUUUUUUUUUUUUUUUAAUAUUAUAUCGGUAGGAAUAAUUUGAACUGCCUGAAUCUAUUAUUUUAAUAUUAUAUAGUGAAUAUACACUGAAUGUUCUCAAUCACUCUGAUACUGGGAACUUGCUAUUAUAUGCUAUCACAUAUAUUCACUUAGUUAAACAAAAUGUUAUUGUACAUAAUUAAAAAAAUAAUAAUAAGAAAGAAAUCAUAAUACUUAAUAUUUUGCUGUUUACAGUAGCUAAUUUAGAGAUAUUCUUCUACAUAUUGAUUAUUUUAAUUACUUAAUGUUUAUCACAUGUUUGUAUACAGUCGAAAUUUUCGUAUUAGUUCAAAUAUUGUAGAGAAAUUCUUUUCUUAAAUUUUAUACACUAAGUAAUCUAUUUUACAAAUAUAUCGAUUAUAUUCGAUAAUCAAUACCUACUAUGUGUUCAGUCAAUAUGUGUUCACUUUAGACUAUAAAUAAAUUUAGUUGCAUGCCUAUUAACGUAAAGUUAAAGCGUUUGUUAUUGUGGCAAUAUAACUAGCUAGCUAGGUGCACUGACUUCUCUCGGUGUCAGUGGUUGGCACACGUUCCCAGCAGUUUUUAUUAAUCAAGGUUUUUAUAUCGUAGUGCGGUGAAUCGCUGACCACGACACUGACGUGAUACGGUCAAUGGGAGUAAGCACACCACCAAAAUUGUUAUAAUUUUACGAAUAUUGAACGCCGCUCCGGCCUUAUAAUUGUAGUAUAUAUAAUAUAAGAGUUUAUGUGAUAGUAAUAAAAUUUUACUCAACACGCGAACACAACUCAAAAUGGCCGCAACUAAUUCCUUGGCCAAUAGCAUUCGUUCCGUAAACAUUACUCUCUGUGGGCAUACUCCCUAAUAUUGUUACUGCUUAUUAGUCGCCAUUAUAUAUAAACUUAAGGAUUCAUCUAAUAUUAUAUUGAACAAGUUCUUUAGUGAAUAACAAGCAUUAUAUUCGUGUAAGUUUUGCGCAAGAAUGCCUAAAACAUUCACCCAAUAAGUAAUAACUAAAGCAUAAUAAUGAUAUGGUCGAUGAGUGGCAUUUUCUUUAGACUAACAUUUUUCACAAUUUUGUACUUAGGGUAACACUAGUUUAAGUGAGUUAAGGUAAUGAAAAACGUUUUAAGUGGUAUACUAUAGUAUGGACACUUGACGCUUCAAACAAAAAUUUUCUAGUGACCGAAAGAUGUAAUUAGAUAUAACAAAAGAACUGAUUAUAUAUGUAAAUAAUAUUGACUGUAUCGAAGAAUAUCUAAAAGUUGAAAUUUAAUUGAGAUAAGAAAAUUGUUGUUUGAAGUUGUUUCACUUAGUUAACUUGGCGACGUAUGUACUGUACGUUUAAUUUAUCUUAUAAGAGCUAUAAGCACUAAGAAUGUUUGUACGUGUUCGCAGGUUCGUAUUUAGUGUAUGUCUAUCGAUAUAAGUAUUUUUUUUCUGAAAUCGACUUUUAAUAUUGCUGUGUGGUCGUAGCGUAUUUUGACAUACAUUUGUUCAUUUAAAGUUAAGGUUAAAUAUAUACAAUUAUUAUAACUGUGACAAUUAAACUUUACCAAAAUUAUAUAUUGAGAAAGAUACUGUAAGUACAUAAAUAGUAUACUACCGCUAGUGUACUCCUGCGAUACAGAACAAUCCGUGCAGUCUGUAAAAGCUCUUUAAAAAUACAGUUUUGCGUCUAGGCGGUAAAUCAUAAAAUUUCAAUGAUAAAUCAUUCUUAUUUAAUUUCCAGUAAUAAUGUGAUGUUUUAACGUUUCAUUUUUUUUUCAGUGCCAUUAUUAAAGUAUUACGUUAUAUUUAAAAUAAUUAUGUUGCAUGAAAUGCAAUUUUAAGUGAUUAAUUUUCAAAAGUAGUUUUUAACGUCAAAAUCCAAUUAAACUUCCUUUUCCACUAACAACGAAUCUCAUUUGUUUGUGAAAUAUAGAACUGUUUUAUAAUAUAAUCGAGUAGAUACGCUCAGUUUAUUGGAUUUGCCUGGCAAAGUCCGUCAUUUAGAUUAUGUAUAGAUGGUUGCGCUCCAAGAAUGUUACCUAGUCUUUCAUAAUUGAAAAAUUCAAAAUUUUUAUCUACUGCUUCAGUAUCGAAAUUUUUCAAUAUUCUAAUAAAGUAACAAAAUAUAACAUGUAACCGAAAAAGCAAUCUACAUAGCCUCGUUUUGCAAAAUUUUCUUUUUUUAUAUAUAAAUGUUGUAAAAUUUAACAUUACAUCUAGUGUCUAAUGUGUGUAAAACAUAGUGGACAUUGUAAAAUUUAGCUAAAAGCUGGUGAAGCAUUACUUAAUUUUAAUAACACAUUUUAUUUGAUAUGAUUUAGUUAUGUUAUUAUUUUUUUUUUUUUUGUUACUUUCCUCCAUUUUGUGGUAGUAUCAAUUAUAUUUCUAUAAUAUUUGUAAGUAACCUUGCUGUUAUUUGUAAUACGUACCUGAACUCUAUGAUUGAGACCUGCGCACUAGAUACACUCCUCCUAGGACAAAUUUUUCCUCUUGACCUUCCACAAUUUGAAAUCGAAAUCAUUUGCAGCAUUCAUAUCAGAAAUCAUUAGUGGCCGUUCUAUCAAUCAAACUGCACAUUAUUCUCAACAAAACAUAAGUCGAAAAAUGAUAAAGCAAUAAAAUUAAACCUAUGUUAACUAGUCAGGGAGGCUCUAAAUUGUUUGUCUUAUUUCGAGCAAAUUUCCUAUAGAGAAAAAUAUUCAGUUUCUAUGGUAGAAAAUAAAAGAAUGCUAAUGAUUUUCAUUUCACUAAUUCGUUAGCAGAUAAAAAUAUACGUAGAGGAUUGUGCAUUGUGUCCAGGCCCAUACGUGACGUUUAUAUUAUUCUUUCACUCGACGGCAAUCUUGUAACAUUUAGCCACUUUCAAAAGGUAGAGCUACAAUGUUAUAUCGAUAUUUUUGAUACAACCAUGAAAUAGACGAAAGAUUUUGAUCGUCCUAACGAUUUAGAGAAAUAUUGUGAGCCCUGCUAGUUGCUAGCAGUAAAAUUGUGGUUUUGUGAUAGGUACAAUAAAAUUGAGAACUUAAUAACAUUUAAUACGUGAUGAUAAAAUUUUUUUACGAAUUUUUAAUGUUUAAUGUAUUCGGCGACACUUCGAUUGUGAAUUAGAUGACAUGCCAGCAGUUGUUUUGUAUACACAAAUAUUAUUGCGACCGAAACGUGACCGCGUAAUUUGAGACAUAACACUGAAAUUGUAUAUUAUGAUACAUAGCUGUACGAUUAUGAGAUUUUAGCAAAAUUGUAUUCAACCUUUUUUGUGCUAUUUUUGUAACGUUAUCUAGGCGCUUGUGUUGUGUUAGAUUUAGUGUAAUAAAAUUCGUCCAUCUCCCUUUCCUUGGUGCAAUAUACGCGCAUAAUGCGCGGGGCUCGGCCUUUUCGGUCCCGCGCCCGUUCUAACCUCGUAGUAACAUCGCGCAGUAAAGGGGGAUGAAUGAAAUCAAUAUCAUAUGUAACUGAGAUAAGUAGUAUUUUUGUACACGCACCUCGGCUCUCGGGCAUAGAUGGAGCCACGCGUCGGCGGCUAGUGCCGCGUACGCCGUUGGUGGUUAGUUGUGUUCAAGUUAAAUAACCGCAUCUACCUCACUUGUAAUGCAUUGAAGACUGAUUGGUAUUAAUGUAACGGUGGUCAGAUCACCGAUUUAGAAGUCUGUUGUCUACUAACAAUUUUAGUUUCUUCAUAAGGUUUUAUUAGAUAUAGAACAUAAAAGCGUCCAGAGUCUCUAUCGAAGAUGCCCGUUUUGGAUUUAUUAGAAGAAAUGGAGCGAAUUAUAAUUGACACGGUCCGUAACAGAAAAGUUGUGAGAUACUUUUUUAAAGUGGACAACGUUCUUUUUCUUUUAUAUAUCUUUCUAUAUCUUACGUUAUUCUUCUGUAAUAUUGUUGAAAGAAGACUGAAAUUUUAUAAAUGUUCCUAUAUUUUAAUUUAGAAUAAUUUACUACUACCAUAUUUGAUUUACAUUAUUUUUACCGCUUUGGUAAUAGUUACUUUGAUCUUUAUAAUCUUAUCAAUUGUGUAUGACGCUAUAUAAUGUCAUGAAAUUUUUGAAAAUUUUAAUCGAAUUUUGU